AACUCUAAUUUGACUAAAUUAUCAAAAAUAAUGUGUAUUACUGACUUUAUCCCCAUUGCCCUAGGCUAACUGUUAUACAACCUUGUACUCCAUCAAAAAUCUCAAGAAUCCGACCAAAAUUAUUAGCACAGGUAAAUUUAGCCUAAAUUCCUUUGAUAAACUUUCCGUAUACCACCUGGAUUUGGAGAUCUUCUUUCUAUAAUUUCCCUUUAUUUAUAGUAACAACAAAUCGGAAUCAAAUCUAGGCAAAGUUUCUCGGUUUUUUCCUCUUCUGGUUUCGUUCUCGUUUUCUUAAUAGUUCUAACAGUUAGUAAUUUACGAAAAGCAAUUUUAUGAUGAGGAAAAGAGAGAGGGAAAACCCAUGUGGUGUUUGUGGGCAUUAUCACAAAUACGAGGAAGGCGAGCCUUGCGGGAUUUGUGGUCAUAGAAUGGCAGUUGUAACUGAUAAGGGUUCUUCAAUUCAAGUGAGUGCUUUCCCUUCAGAGAUCUUGCCGGAGUUUCUUUACUUGGGCAGCUAUGACAAUGCUUCUAGAGCCGAGCUUCUUAAGACUCAAGGGAUUUCUCGUAUUCUCAAUACUGUACCUGCUUGUCAAAAUCUAUAUAAAAAUUCCUUUACUUAUCACUGCCUUCAAGAUGACGAACGUUUGCAGUUUGACAAUGCCAUCCAAUUCUUAGAACAAUGUGAAAAGGAUAGGGCUCGUGUUCUUGUACAUUGUAUGUCAGGGAAAAGCAAGUCACCUGCCAUUGUAAUUGCUUACCUGAUGAAAAGUCGAGGAUGGAAACUUGCGCAGAGCUAUCAGUGGGUGAAAGAGCGGAGACCUUCUGUCGAACUUAAUCAAGGGGUUCACCAACAACUACAGGAGUAUGAGCAGAAGAUCUUCGGUUCGCUGGAGAACCCGCUUGCCUCUGCCGUGCCAGUCUUCUCUUCUCCUGUGCCAACCUUCAGCUUUAACUACCCAAAGCCGAGUGAUUCAGUUCAAGUUCCAGCCUUCAACAAUUCUGGCGCUACAUCAAUUUUUGCUCGUCCUGUCUUUAACAUUCCUCCACAGGAAUUCACCUUUGGAGCUGCUCAUAAUCAGCGGAAUGCCUCAGGGAGCCAUUUGAAUUCAAACCAAAAUCCAAAUAGUGGCGACAUUGCUAUGGAUGGUUCGUAAUACUAUCUGCCCUUUUGCCUUUGUGGAAUCCUCGACUUGACCGAGUUCUUCAGAAGUUUGGAUGUAAAGUGGGAGGAAAUGCUUUAUACUAUACUCACUAGUUUAAAGUAUGACAUGUCAGUACAGUAUGGUGCCUUCAAUGGACUAGUUAUUCUGGAAAUCCAAGUGACUCUUGCUCUAAUUCAAUACAAGCUUCUAAAGAUUAUGUUUGGUUAAUUUUACAAACAAUGGAAUUUUCUGUUUACAGAA